GAAAUCCAAAAUAAGGCGAGUAGUUUUCGGAAGACGUCGCAGAAGAUGGUAGGUGUAGUGACCCUGGACAUCAUUUAAAUGCGGUCAUUGGGAAGUCGAGACAGUCUGGGGUUUUCAAAUCCUGAGCCGAAGUAAAAAUUUUCUCUAAGCGAAUGUUCGGAUGUCGUUUAAUUUAGCGCAGUCAUACAAAGUCCAGACUAGGAAAGGACAAUCUACAUGUUUGUGGGUUCAAAUUAUGGAUUCUUAAAGUGUGGUCUUACCAGCCCCACCACAUAUUUGCUAAAUCAGAACAUUUUAUAAGACAUUCAAGUGGUGCUUUGUGGAUAUUAGAGUUUGAGAAGCGUGCAAUUAGGUUUAGGAACGGAAUUCCUUGGGGGUCAUGCUAACAGAGUACCGGAUUAGAAAGUGAACUAACUCAUCCAAUCAGAGUCUUCAAUUAUCCGCCAAUCACUUCGCUGAAUUUCAACCAAUAGUUUUAGUGCGCGGGACUUUUGAAAACCGUCAAGACCAAUCAGAAUGUUCCUGAGUAUAUAUAAAGGCAAGCAGCUAAGGAACUCGUUCUGUUUUAGUUUGUCUUUUCCUGCUUGGGUAAUGGCCCGUACGAAGCAAACCGCCCGGAAGUCCACAGGUGGCAAGGCUCCACGCAAGCAGCUCGCUACCAAGGCUGCCCGCAAGAGCGCGCCGGCCACCGGCGGCGUGAAAAAGCCGCACCGCUACCGGCCCGGCACCGUGGCGCUGCGCGAGAUCCGCCGCUACCAGAAGUCUACCGAGCUGUUGAUUCGCAAGCUGCCGUUCCAGCGUCUGGUUCGCGAGAUCGCGCAGGACUUCAAGACUGACCUGCGCUUCCAGAGCUCGGCUGUCAUGGCGCUGCAGGAAGCCUGUGAGGCCUACCUGGUGGGGCUGUUCGAGGACACCAACCUGUGCGCCAUCCACGCCAAGCGGGUCACUAUCAUGCCCAAGGACAUCCAGCUCGCGCGCCGCAUUCGUGGAGAGAGGGCUGCUGAUCCUGUAGCACGGUUCUUCAGUGGAAGAAAAACAGCAUUCAGCUAUGGGAUGGCUCGGACCAAGCAAACUGCUCGCAAGUCCACAGGCGGCAAGGCCCCACGCAAGCAGCUAGCCACCAAGGCUGCCCGCAAGAGCGCGCCGGCCACUGGGGGCGUGAAGAAGCCGCACCGCUACCGGCCCGGCACUGUGGCGCUGCGUGAGAUCCGCCGCUACCAGAAGUCCACCGAGCUGUUGAUCCGCAAGCUGCCGUUCCAGCGCCUGGUUCGCGAGAUCGCGCAGGACUUCAAGACCGACCUGCGCUUCCAGAGCUCUGCCGUCAUGGCGCUGCAGGAGGCAUCCGAGGCGUACUUGGUGGGGUUGUUCGAGGAUACCAACCUGUGCGCCAUCCACGCCAAGCGGGUCACCAUCAUGCCCAAGGACAUCCAGCUGGCGCGUCGCAUCCGUGGUGAAAGGGCAUAAACUUGUAGUGUGUCUGAUAUCUGUAAACCCAAAGGCUCUUUUCAGAGCCACCUA